CCCGUUCGUUGACGCAUUGCGCUUGUCCAGAUCGUCCAGGCAGUUGUGCUUGCCAGACAUGACUGCACGUAGCUGACAUACACGAAUGGGUCUCUGCAGCUAUCGUCUCUGUCGUUCGUCACACCGCUCACACUCGCAACCCCCGACCAACACGCACACACCAAAAGGGAUACCCAGUAGGCUGGUUGGAUGGAUGAAUGGAAUCGACAGCAAGCAAAGUGAGGAAGAAUGGGCCAGGAUAUAUCUACGCGUUGAUAUCAUGUGUGGCUAUGGGUGGUAUCUCGCUAGUAGUCAGACUCAUCGUCCGUCGACUCCGGCUCCUCCUUCAGCUCAGCGUCCUCGUCGAACUUGUCCACCUUGAUGCCCCCCUCGCUCAACGCCUUCCGCAGCUGACGGCAUCUGCACACACGAUGCAACGCAUCAGAGCAUCAGACGCAUGCAUGCAGGCGACGCGAAUGCAUCUGCAACAUGUGCGGUGUGUAGCGGUGUGCAUGGGCAGCUUACGACAUCUUCUCCAUGGAUUUGACGCCGAGCGUCACGUCGGACCCCGCCCUCGCCCCCUUGGUCUCGUUGAUGUCGCUCUCGUACAAUGUGGCCUUGAUGAACAGGCCGCCCCCCUCGCUCCCCUCGGCCUUGACCAGGCCGUACAGCAGGGUUCUGUCCCGCUUGGCAUCACGGAAACACCACUUCUCGUGGUAGCGCACGGCGAACCACCGUCGCACGAUGCUCAUUUCUGUUGGCAGGUGUCAGUAUCUUCUGCUCUCUGCUCUUUCUCCGCAGCAAUCAGCUCCGUCUGCGCAAAUC